GGGAGACUGGCAAGCUGUGGGGUGAGGGAUUCUGCAAGGUCGCCUGUCUUCAGAGUAUGAAGGACACUGCCCGGAGAGGGAGGAGGGUUAUAUUUAGUGUUUGGGCCCAGUCAGUGUUGGGCUCCCCACUGCCUCUCCUCUGUGGAACUGUCAGUGGCCCCUGGUUGCAAGUUCUCCGUGGCUUUGAAGCCCACAAAACAAAAACUGAGAGAGUGUCCAAAAAAAAAAAGAAGAAAACGUUGUUGGUCCCUGGUUGCCACUAUUGGAUUUUGGUGGGGAUGAGAAGAGAGGACCACUGGGUGUGAUCAAGCAAAGGCACCUGCACAGUAAGUGGACACUAGGAAGCUACUCUACCCUCUCGUACGGGAAUGAUGCUGCAGGGAGAGGGCUGCUCUCAGCAGUUGGAGAGUUAUUGGGUGCCCUAGACCUUACCUCAGACCUUUCAAUGAUUCCACAGCCCUUAAAGAACGCGUUCCAGAAGCAGUGACACGGAGGGCUCAGCCCAAAAGCAAUUUCCAAGACAUAUAGUGAAGACUACAGUUUCCAAGGUCCUGAGGACAUGAAGCAGAGACAGCAAGACAAAGACCCCACCAGUGAGUCGGAUGCAAUCCUUCCAUAUCCUAAGUCACACAGUGGUAAUGGCCACCAAGGAGAAGACCUCUCAAGAGACGACCUAUUAUUUCUUCUCAGCAUUCUGGAGGGAGAACUGCAGGCUCGAGAUGAAGUCAUAGGCAUUUUAAAGGCUGACAAAAUGGACUUGGCUUUGCUGGAAGCUCAGUAUGGGUUUGUCACUCCAAAAAAGGUGCUAGAAGCUCUCCAGCGAGAUGCUUUUCAAGCAAAAUCUGCCCCUUGGCAGGAGGACAUCUAUGAGAAACCAAUGAAUGAGUUGGACAAAGUCGUGGAAAAACAUAAAGAAUCUCACAGACGAAUCCUGGAACAGCUUUUAACGGUAGAAAAAUCUCACAGGCAAACCAUAUUAGAGUUGGAGGAAGAAAAGAGAAAACAUAAAGAAUACAUGGAGAAGAGUGAUGAAUUCAUAAGCUUGCUAGAACAGGAACGUGAAAGAUUAAAAAGGUUAAUUGACCAAGAAACGGAGUCCCAGAAGAAGAAGGAGCAAGAAAAAGAGAAGAGGGUCACUGCCCUGAAAGAGGAGCUGACCAAACUGAAGUCUUUUGCUUUGAUGGUUGUGGACGAACAACAAAGGCUGACGGCACAGCUUGCCCUUCAAAGACAGAAAAUCCAAGACCUAACCACGAGUGCAAAGGAAACACAUGCUAAACUAGCCCUUGCUGAAGCCAGAGUUCAGGAAGAAGAGCAGAAGGCAACCAGACUAGAGAACGAUCUGCAAACGCAGACCACAAAGUUUCACCAGAACCAAGAAACAAUUAUGGCGAAGCUCACCAAUGAGGACAGCCAAAAUCGCCAGCUUCGACAAAAGCUGGCAGCACUCAGCCGACAAAUUGAUGAGUUAGAAGAGACAAACAGGUCUUUACGAAAAGCAGAAGAGGAGCUGCAAGAUAUAAAAGAAAAAAUUAACAAGGGAGAAUAUGGAAACUCCAGUAUCAUGGCUGAGGUGGAGGAGCUCAGGAAACGCGUGCUAGAAAUGGAAGGGAAGGAUGAAGAGCUCAUAAAAAUGGAGGAGCAGUGCAGAGAUCUCAAUAAGAGGCUGGAAAAGGAAACAUCACAGAGUAAAGACUUUAAACUCGAGGUUGAAAAACUCAAUAAAAGAAUUAUGGCUCUGGAAAAAUUAGAAGAUGCUUUCAACAAAAGCAAACAAGAAUGUUACUCUCUGAAAUGUAAUUUAGAAAAAGAAAGGAUGACCACAAAGCAGUUAUCUCAGGAACUGGAGAGUUUAAAGAUAAGGAUCAAAGAGCUAGAAGCCAUUGAAAGUCGGCUGGAGAAGACAGAAUUCACCCUAAAAGAGGAUUUAACUAAACUGAAAACAUUAACUGUGAUGCUGGUAGAUGAACGGAAAACAAUGAGUGAAAAAUUAAAGCAAACUGAAGAUAAGUUACAAGCUGCUGCUUCUCAGCUUCAAGUGGAGCAAAAUAAAGUGACAACGGUUACUGAGAAGUUAAUUGAAGAAACGAAAAGGGCACUGAAGUCCAAAACUGAUGUGGAAGAAAAAAUGUACAGUGUAACGAAAGAGAGAGAUGAUCUAAAAAACAAACUGAAAGCGGAAGAAGAGAAAGGAAAUGAUCUCCUGUCCAAAGUUAACAUGUUGAAAAACAGGCUUCAAUCAUUGGAAGCAAUUGAGAAAGAUUUCCUAAAAAACAAAUUAAAUCAAGAUUCUGGUAAGUCCACAAUAGCAUUACACCAAGAGAACAAUAAGAUUAAAGAGCUCUCUCAAGAAGUGGAAAGACUGAAACUGAAGUUAAAGGAUAUGAAAGCCAUUGAGGAUGACCUCAUGAAAACUGAAGAUGAGUAUGAGACUCUAGAACGAAGGUAUGCUAAUGAACGAGACAAAGCUCAAUUUUUAUCUGAAGAGCUGGAACAUGUUAAAAUGGAACUUGCCAAAUACAAGUUAGCAGAAAAGACAGAGUCCAGCCAUGAACAAUGGCUUUUCAAAAGGCUUCAGGAAGAAGAAGCUAAAUCAGGUCACCUCUCAAGAGAAGUGGAUGCACUGAAAGAGAAAAUUCAUGAAUACAUGGCAACUGAGGACCUGAUAUGUCACCUCCAGGGAGAUCAUUCAGUUCUGCAAAAGAAACUCAGUCAACAAGAAAACAGGAACAGAGAUUUAGGAAGAGAGAUUGAAAACCUCACUAAAGAGUUAGAGCGGUACCGUCAUUUCAGUAAGAGCCUCCGGCCCAGUCUCAAUGGAAGAAGAAUCUCUGACCCUCAAGUAUUUUCUAAAGAAGUUCAAACAGAAACAGUAGACAAUGAGCCACCUGAUUACAAGAGUCUCAUUCCUCUGGAACGAGCAGUCAUCAACGGUCAGUUAUAUGAGGAGAGUGAGGACCAGAAUGAGGACCCUAAUGAUGAGGAGUCCGUACUGUCCUUCAAAUGCAACCCAUCUACUCCCUGUCCUGUUAACAGGAAGCUAUGGAUUCCUUGGAUGAAGUCCAAGGAGGGCCAUCCUCAGAAUGGAAAAAUACAAACUAAACCCAAUGGCAACAUCGUGCAACCUGGAGAUCUAGUCCUAAGCCACACACCUGGGCAGCCGCUUCAUAUAAAGGUUACUCCAGACCAUGUCCAAAACACAGCCACUCUUGAAAUCACAAGUCCGACCACAGAGAGUCCUCACUCUUACACAAGCACUGCAGUGAUACCAAACUGUGGCACUCCAAAGCAAAGGAUAACCAUCCUCCAAAAUGCCUCCAUAACUCCAGUGAAAUCAAAAACCUCUGCUGAAGGCCUUAUGAAUUUAGAGCAAGGCAUGUCCCCAAUUACCAUGGCAACCUUUGCCAGGGCACAGACCCCAGAGUCUUGUGGUUCCAUAACUCCAGAAAGGACAAUGUCACCUAUUCAGGUUUUGGCUGUUACUGGUUCAGCUAGCUCCCCUGAGCAGGGACGCUCUCCAGAGCCGAUAGAAAUCAGUGCCAAGCACGCGAUUUUCAGAGUCUCCCCUGAUCGGCAGUCAUCAUGGCAGUUUCAGCGUUCAAACAGUAACAGUUCAAGUGUGAUAACUACUGAGGAUAAUAAAAUCCACAUUCACUUAGGAAGUCCUUACAUGCAAGCCGUAGCUAGCCCCGUGAGACCUGCCAGCCCUUCAGCACCGCUGCAGGAUAACCGAACUCAAAGCUUAACUAAUGGGGCACUAAACAAAACAACCAAUAAAGUCACCAGCAGUAUUACUAUCACACCAACAGCCACACCUCUUCCUCGACAAUCACAAAUUACAAUCAAGGAGGUAUGCAAGCAGAGAAUCCCAACACGGAUCCCUAAACCAAAAUCUACAGGCAUUGCUAAGCUUUCCCCUAAAGCUCUCCCAGGGCCUAUGGAUAAGACUGGCUGUGGGAAGCUACACAUCAUAAGGACUGUCACCUCUAAUACUUUCCUCCACAUGGGAGGGAAAAGGUAAGUCAUGCAAAUGUACUGCCUGGAUAUUCACCUACAGA